GUGACUGAAGAGUACAGCAGAAAAUCACUGCACCCUUCACUUAGGGAAGGCCAGGGGAGGUGACUUUUGAACUGCGGGGUUUCACCCACAGAGGCUGGGACACCCGGGCGACAACAGCGAGGGAGCGGGCAGUUCAGCCUUGACCCCUGCCCGGGGGCCCAGUCACGGGGCUGGCGGCGGGGGACAGGGCUAGGGCCUCGGGGCGUGCCUGUUCUGCCAGCUGAUUGGCUGGGGGGACGCGUCCCGGGAGGGUGCAGGGGUGCGGCGCCGAGAGGAUCCCCCCCCCCCCCGCCGCCCCAGGUGCUGAGCAUUCCCAGGGCCCCGGGUCGGUGUAGGGGUGCGGCGCCGAGAGGAUCCCCCCGGCGCCCCCGGCGCUGAGCACUCCCCCGGCUCCCCGCGGGUGCAGGGGUGCGGCGCCGAGAGCACCCCCCGCACGCCCACCAGCCUCCCGGGCCCUAGCCCGCGGCGCCCCCAGGCUGUCCCGGCCCGGUGCGUAGGCCCUUUCGCAGGCCCCCUGCCUGCAGGACAGGAGGGGAGGGGCCCGGACUUCAGUCCCAGACGGCGGGGAUCGAGAUGGCCCCCAGAUGGCGGAUCCGAGAGGCCGAAGAGGGAGACUGUGGACAUAUCCUGAGGCUGAUUCGGGAACUGGCCGAGUACGAGAAACUCUCGGAGCAGGUGCAGAUGAGCGAAGAAGCCCUGAGAGCAGAUGGCUUCGGAGGGAACCCCUUCUAUCACUGUUUGGUGGCUGAGGUCCUUCCCGCCCCCGGGGAGCCGCAGGGGCCCCGUGUGGUGGGUUAUGGGCUGUAUUACUUCAUCUACAGCACGUGGAAGGGGCGCAACGUUUAUCUGGAAGACAUCUAUGUGACACCGGAAUGUAGGGGUCAGGGGAUUGCCUCCAAGAUAAUAAAAAAGGUGGCUCAGGUGGCCCUGGAUCAGGGCUGUUCCCAGUUCCGCCUCGCAGUCCUGGACUGGAACCAGAGGGCCAUGGCCUUGUACAAGGCCCUGGGAGCCCAGGAUCUGACUGAAACCGAGGGCUGGCAUGCCUUUCGCUUCGAAGGAGAGGCCAUGAGGAAGUUGGCGGGAAAGUGAGGCCAUUCCUUGGGGAUCUCCGGGGUCGACCUCCUUCCCCACCAGCUCAAGCCCUCUGCACAGGCCUCCCUGAAGGAGGAGAGGUUGCGAGUGGCUAUCCCCAAAUUAGGAGCAGAGCAGUAUCCGGGCGGAGGCCUUUCCUCCUCCUUGUUGAGGGUGAGAAAUAAAGCAGAAUUACUGUAAGCGCGUGACUCGAUAAGCUUCAGCCACCCCGAGACCCUUCUGGAAUGUUCUGGUCUCCUGGUGUGUGUGUGGAGAGGGGGAUGCUGCUUCAGGGGGUAAAGGUGGGCCCAAGGCGACGUUCACCCUCAGAGGGCCAAGUGUUGGCUCUGAUCUGUGAAAUAUAGAGAAAAGAAGAGCAAGGGGCCAGCUUGGCACAUCAGGUUUGUCGGUCCCACUUUGGGACCCAGACAAAGGCCUCCAGUGUCUGGACUGCAAGGUGCAGGACCCCAGGCUGAGGCCGGCCCAGUGGCUCAACCCAUGGAGCAGACUGCCACCUGCUGGUGGUGUUUUGGGGGUGCAGGGAAGGAACACUUGUCUCAACUUCCAAAAAAAAAAAAAAUCAUCUCACCAGCACUUUUCCUUUUUCAAAAGUCACAGAGUCCUUAUUUUCAGUUCAGGAAAACCAAACAGACCUCUAGGACCCAUGGAGAGAAGGAGGGAGACAAGCUCCUGUCCUACUUUCAUAAUUAACCCCUAUUACACAGGUACUGUGGGUUUCUUGUAGGAAAAUUGGAACGUACAUAUAAAAUAAAAAUAGAAUCCAUAGCCUUACCUACGUAAGUGUUGUUAACCCUUUGGUAUCAAUUCUGCAGAUUUUUUUUCAGUGUCCGUAUAUACACAUAAUUAAGUGAGUAGAGGUGGGAUCAUAUACCUUUCUUUUUCUUUUCUUUUUUUUUUUAAGAUUUUAUUCAUUUAUUUGAGACAGAGAGAAUGAGAGACAGAGAGCAUGAGAGGGAGGAGGGUCAGAGGGAGAAGCAGGCUCCCCGCCGAGCAGGGAGCCUAUGUGGGACUCGAUCCCUGGACUCCAGGAUCACGACCUGAGCCGAAGGCAGUUGCUUAACUGAGCCACCCAGGUGCCCUACCUUU